AUGGCAGACCCCAGCUUCGGAGUGCCUGCUCAACUUUUGCCCCAUGUGCAUCUCAUCUCUGGACACAAAUAUCCUUUCUCCCCGCAGCUCAACAUCGAUGGCGCCUACACGUAUCUCUUCGAUGCGCCCAAGGUCGUCAAGCAAGUGGCUCCCAUGUCGUGGCAGUACAUUAGUGCUCCACAGGACGGCACUGUCUUCUUGACCUGGAUCGGCGGUCGCAUGCAGAAUCAAUUCCCUACAGACGGCUAUGUCUGGGUCGACCCCGAGCAGCGCUUCACUCAAGACUUUGGAGGCUAUACACUAGAGGUCGCCGUACACAACAGCGGUUACCGCCCUGGAGCAGACAGCGUAACCUGUCAUGCUCGUCGACGAUACCGAUUCAUGUCCAAGAACCCUACCGUCCACGCUCUACCUCCGGACCCGAGUCUCUGGCUUGUUCACUACAGCCAGGCUGACCCUCAACACUGUUUUCCCACCUCACAACUCCCUCUGUCUCCUCAAUCCCGCCAGCAAUUGGCCGAACGUCAGUGGAUUGAAUCCCAGGGCCGCCUCGACCGACAGGACUUUAUGUUGCACGACCGCGAAAAGUGGCCCCAGCUCAACAUGCCUGGCCGCGCUGCUGUUCCUGGUGUACCCGCAUACAACCAAUCCGCAUACCAACAAAGCCCCAUGGCUCACAUUGGCAAUCCUCGCUUCUCUGGCAACUUCUACCAACAAGCCCAGCAAGGCCAUACCGGUCCCUCGCCUGCUAAGCGCGCGCGCCAACACGCCCCUGCCCAUAUUCCUGCCUCAGCUGCUGCUCUGAUGGCUCAAGACACCAGCAUCGAGGACGAAGAAAACGUGCUUCUUGGAGACCUGCUUGAUCACCUCACUCAACGCGACAUCAGUUUGACUCGCUACAUGCAACAUCAUGACUGGAUGGACGAGGUCUACUCUUCUCCCUUCGCGACGGGUCAAAUCGUUCCUAUGGAUCUUGGUUUCGGCUUGAUGGGUGAACUGGCUGGCCUCACUGAAGGCUUGUUCGACACACCCAAUUCAACACUGGAGAAGGCCGAAUCUAAGGCAAAGGACACAUCCGCUGCAUACAAGAAAAUCUCAUCAGAGCAACUGCAAGAGUUUGAAAAGCGCGUUCAGGCACACAAGGAGAAGGAGCAAAGUGAAAUUGCGCGCAUGAAGGAAGAACACGCCAGAAGAAUGGACAGUCUCCGCAAGAGCAAGGGCUUGGUCAAGGCCGAGAAGAAAUUGAGAAACGCUUCAUGGAAGCCCUCAGGGUCGACGGCCGAGUUCUGGAGACUGGAAAAGACAAAUGACCAGGAUGCCACUCAGAUCAUUGAGCAAGUCGAGGAACUCCUUGGUGGAUCGAUUCAAGCACAAAAAGAAGCUACCAUGGUCAGCGAAGGAGGUUACCGUAAAGAGGAGAAGAGAACGCCACCUGCAGACAUGGACAUGGCUGGUACGCAGAUGGACGGCGCCGGUUCAGACGCAGCCCAAUCUCUGCAGUCCGCUUCAGGCGCUUCUGCCGAACCUGCCCCAGCUCCAUUGCUACAGUCAGAGCAACCGCAAUUGUCUACUCAAGAAGCGCCCGCUGCUCCGCAAGUCCCUCCGCAACAACACCUACAAUCUGUUGCUCCUAGUGUACCGGACACAAACAUGGAGAACAUGGAGACAAUGGAUACCGGCAACUUUUCGCUACCAGAUGACAUGGAACUUGAUACCGGUAACUUCAACUUCGACACUCCCAAAACCGAUGUUCAGACCCCGGGCACCUCAAACUGGCCAGGCCAACAGCAGCAAGCUCCGUCACAACCACAACAGCAGGCCAACCCGCAACCGGACACAUCAAACCAAACAAGCGGUGGUGAUCUCUACGGCGGUGGAGAUGCGAACUUUGGCGAAUUUGACACUGGUGAUGGUCUGAUUGAUUUUGAUGGCGGCGCAGGCGAGGACAUUGAUUUCAGCAUGGAUAAUUCCGCAUUCGGUGAUGCUUUCCACGGUACCGAGGCACACGGACAAGACGAAGGACAGUAG